GCUGACAACAACCCUGCUGACCCCUCAUUAACAAGGCGCCCUUUCCAUUUAGUACAGACUUUCGAACUUCGUGAAAGAGAGUCACAUCGGCUAUCAACAAUAAUGGCGCAAGAUGACUCAAAUCCGAGUGUAUUCAAAGAGCUUCCAGAUCAAGCAAAGGCAACUGUCGAGAGAAUCAAAAAGAUUAUUGGUGAAGACACUACAAAGAAGGAAGGCAAGGCUAGCAGUGGUUGGGGAUUCUCUAGUGAGGAGCUCAGCCAGGAAAUUCAGAGACUAUCAGCCGAGCUAAGUAUCAAUGGAUUCAAAGCAUACAACUGCAAAGUUCUCCACCUUGUGCACGGCGGAAUUAUCCAGAAUGGAACAGGCCAUCAGAUCAUAAUCCCGUUGAACGGAAAAGCGAGCUUUCUACACGACAAACCUCUCUUACCAUGCCACUACACCACUCAAAAAGAAACUAUCUUGGGCGACAAUAUCGAUCUUAUAAUAAUGUCGCUGAAAAACAUUUGAGACUUGUGGGAAGAAGCAUGUUCUGAACUUUCACAUCGGGUAUAAGUC